CGACGCUGGGGGAGCCUCCAGCUGCUUCCCGGGCGCACGUGGGUGGGCGUCCGCAUGGAGGAAGCGGCGGCAGCAGCGGCGAUGGUGGGGGGCCCUGGCCCGGGAAUGGGGCUGCGCGGGGGCCUGAUGGCUGUCAGUGGAGGGAGCAAGGUGCUGGCCGCCCGGUACCAGGAGCUCAGGGCCAGUAAUGAUGGCGAUCUCUUUGUGUAUGACUGUGUCACUGCAAACAAGAGGACACAAGAAAAAGGACAGGCUGGACAGCCAACAGAUAAAGCAAGCAAUGACAUCCUAGCUUUUGCCUUCUCUUCAUCAGGAAAUUAUUUUGCUUUGACAGAUGACAACAAGCAUCUCAUUCUUUUUCGUACAAAGCCUUCCUGGGAAUGCAUUAGCAUCAGGUCUGUAGUUAGGAGAAGUACAUCCUUGAUUAUUACAGCAGCAGAAGAUAAGAUUCUGAUUGCAGACAAAUCUGGAGAUGUCUAUUCUUAUUCCAUAACAGACCCCCAAGCAGCAGGAAAGCUUGAGCUUGGGCACCUUUCUCUGCUAAUGGACGUAGCACUGAGUCCCGACGAUCAGUAUAUCCUAACUGCAGACCGAGAUGAGAAGAUUAGAGUCAGUUUGACCAGAGCUCCACAUAACAUCGUAGCCUUUUGCCUUGGGCAUAAAGAGUUUGUAAGCAGAAUAUUUGUAAUACCCGACUAUCCAGAUCUUCUGUUAUCAGCUUCUGGGGAUUGUACUUUGAGGCUUUGGGAAUAUAAAAGUGGAAAAGAAGUGUACUGCUGUCAUCUAAACAGUAUCAGCAAGCCUGAUGCAACCAACAAUGACAAGAAAUAUGCGGUGUCAAGAAUAUCUUAUUGUUGUCAAGGAAGUAACAUUGCCAUUUUAUGUGACUGUAUUCCCACAGUUUACAUAUUCCAGCUUGUUGCUGAUACCCAGCAGCUAAUUCACAAGCAGCAAAUCCCUUUGAACCAUAAAGGCUGGGAUGUUGCCUUGGAGGAAACGGGUGAGCUCUGGAUUUUCCAGGAGAACAAAGUAACACCUCUUCUGUUGUACGGGCCUAUGGAUGGACAGUGGCAGCCUGUGAAUGAUGACAAAGGAUUACUGAAAAUGUCAAAAUACCUGCACGACAACUGGACAGUGUUUGAAGGUUCUGUUGGUACAGACAGCUGCUACCACACUCUCUAUAAGGCUUCAUUCGAUAACAUGACCACUUAUCUACAGAAGAAAGAGCAAAGGUUACAGCAGCAGCAGAAGAGGAAAAGAAAAGAGCUACAGCAUGGUACUAAUGGACAAAAUAAAAAGAUCAAGACAGGAGAACCUCCCUUAUGACACUGACUGCAGCAUUUGCAUGCAACUUCCACCAUACUUAAAACCAACUGAUCUGGGCACUGAAUUUUUUUUUCCCUUUUAGUGUCAAGUAAAUGACAGACAGCUAUUAGCGUUUGUACACUCAAUCUAAGAUGGGCUUCCUAAUGAAUCAGGCUAAUGUUAACAUGGCAAUAUCCUGCUUGCAAAAGAUACUGUAUUUGCUGUAUAUACUGUUCCUUGCCAUAUGUGUCAUCCUAAUAAUUUGAAAUUUAUAGUGGCUGCUUAAAAGAGAGUGUGAAUGCAGUUUUAAGAAUCUAAAGCUUAAUAACUUCAGAUUGGAGAUAGAGCUUUACUUGAAGAAUGGGAUUGAUAGUGUCUACUCUUUUCCAAAUGUCACCUAUGUUUAGACUGGAUUCCUCAAGAGGGAAAGUGUACUAGUUUAAAGCUUACACCAAUUUUUAGUUUUGUUCUAGACUGUUCACUUAAUAACAGCCUGUAAGAGGAAUCAUGCAAAAUGAACAUUGUAUUUCUUAUUAUGUAUAUAAGGCUGUAGAUGGCAGGUUCUUGCUGCUGCUUAUUUUAAGUUUUACUCCUGCAGAUGUUAUGUUGUGACUUCUGCCUUAGGAUCCAGUUCAGCACUACUUGGAGUAACCUCCCCCAGGAACCACAGAAGAAUAGGGGUUUUUUGUACUCAGUAAAAGGUGUCAACUAGCCCACCACUAACUACUUGAAAAUGACUUCUGUUGCAUUCUGACUCUCCAGCUUGUCUUUGAAAAUGGCUUCUGAGAAUGCUGAGCAAUAUUUUAUACUUUUUGCUUCUUUCAAUGGAAAUUUGUUUGGAAGCUAGAAACUAAUCUUUUAAUCUUAUGGCAUUCAUUCUUUUGUUAUGUUAUGGUAUCAAAGUUGAUAUAAUGACAGAACAUGUAUGUACCAGAAGCAUCUUGUUUUCAUAGAAUAUGCUGUUCAUCAGAUGCGACUGUAAAAGCAGGGUUUGUAAAUAUGUAUAAUCCAGCAAAAAUAUAUGAAAGUAUGAACUAAGAAUAUUUAUCCCACUCCUUUUAUCACUGCAUGUUUAGUGUAAAGCAGUAAAACAUGACAUGCAAUUGAUAUGCAAAAGGGACUGACAAACUAAAUGUGAGGAGUGAGGGAAAGAACAUGGAACACUUCUGGCACACUGGCUGUUCAGGAAUAAUGUAGAGCCUGCUGUUGGCAUCUACUCCAAGUAGGGGACAGAACUACCAUAUUCAGGAUUGGGGCCCGUCUAGUCUUACUGAUGUAAAAAAAAAAUUCUUAACAUUGAUUUCUUUCAUGUGUAUCUUGUUUUGAAAGUUCCUUUUGAGACAUAAGUGUUGUAUGGGCUACUAUGGAACGACAGAUGUAAGAAUUUCAUCUUAAUGGUUCAAUGUCUGUUCCUUUUACAGUUGCUUUAAGGAGCCUUCAGAGAUUCUAUUAAAUGACUUGUGCCUUGGUGUCAGAUGUGAGACCAGGAUUAGCUGCUCAAUGGGUACAGCUGUCUGCAAGUGCAUGAAUGUUCCAUAAUCAACAUUACUGCAAUGUAGCACCAUUGCACACUUUUUUGUGAUGCUAAUGCACAGCAGACUAAUUCUACUGUGCAUUAACAUGGUUUCUGCCUGCCAUGCUAAUGCACAAUAGAAUUAGUCUACUGUGCAUUUAGUAUCUUGUUGACAUGCUCUGUGUGUUCAGUUCCCAGCAGCAUCCUCUUGAUCCUGACAAAGUGAGCCUUCAUACAGUGCCACAUUCCAAAUGUUUCUAUUACUAAAAGUUUUCUACCAAACUAACUCUGAGCUAAAUUCACAAAUGGGUGUAGGUGUUUCAGCUGAACACCUAGGUGCCAUGGAGAGCUUUUAAACUUCUGCUAAAUUGGCAUCUAUAGGCUUCUAGUGCGUGCUGUCAGAUUAGGCCUCUCAUAUAAGCAGCAAGGGGUGAGACUUUGAAGGUAAAGGAAGGAAAGUGUACUCCCUCCUACUCAAGGUUCCAUAGGUGACUGUGGUGAAAGUCCCAAAAUUGACUGACUCCUAGGGGCUUAACUGCAGGUAUACUCAGGCAUUGACAAUGAGGAGCUUGAUUCAGGCAUUGAGUUUCUGUAGCUCUCCAGUAUUGGGGAGAGCUGCUUUGCACCCUGGAAAAAGACCAUAGCCCAUGGUCUACAAUAAAAGACCAUUUAUUGUAUGACCAAAAUAUGGACAUAACCUCUGCCUCAGUUUAUGCAGUCUGCAAGAGAAUAUCCACUCUUAUUGACAGCAUGUGCACAGUGCUAAUCCCUUAAUGUGCUAGUAUCCUAUUAAAUGCUGUGCUACAGUCUAUGAUGGCUAAAGUUAUCAAUACUGUGAGUAAUAACAAGAUGUGUAUGCUAAUAUAUAUAAAAUACAGUAGUUAUUGGACUCCUAUAGAACUACUUUGAUCUAAAAUAGUAGGUAGCUGUUGGAAGGGCAAAUAGGAAAGCAACCCAGUACAUAAGCUACAAAUUAGCCAGUACACACAGAAGAUAGAGCAGGUUCUUAAUCAGAAAUGAUGGGUUCCAAGGAAGUGUCAACCUAGCUUUGUCAGAAUAGGAGCUAAGUGACCAUAAGGACCAUUGUGCUACAGAUUUAAAGACCGUUCUGAGGGGAAGGGUCACCUGUUGGAAAUUUUCUAGGGAGACAGGAUUGCAGAGCAGUGACUCUGUGGAGGGAGUCUUGAUGUGUGGCCUUCCUAGAUAAGGCUGAGGGAAGAGCUACAUGUGCAUACAGUCUGUUUUGUUAGGUUGUUUCUGAAAUGCUUUAUUUCUAAGCAGGUAGUUUGCUUUAAGAAAACUAUCUUGUCACUGCAUGGACCAGUGUUAGUGUUUCAAAGCAAAGGGCUUGGAGCCAGCAGUUUUAAAUCAGACUUGAGGAGUGAAUCGUGAUUAGUACCAAAGAACCAGGAUUUUUCAUAUCCAGGUGGUUCCCAACCAGUUUAUUUCACAGUAGAACAAGCUGCUUGGCUGUUAAAAGGUGCCACUGCUCCAAUCUACUGGAGCAUAGCUGUGAUCAUAGUGUCAUAGAGAAGUAGGGCUGGAAGGGGCUUCCAGAGGUCAUCUAGUCCAACCCUCUACCUGAGACAGGAUUAUCCCUAUCCAAACCAUCCCAUACAACCUAAUCAUCAAUCAGUCUGACAGCUGAUUGGAGAAGUGUCACUCUGAAAUAAUAGCUACAGUGAACAGUCAGCACACCUCUGAGGUCCCAUGUAACUACAUAAAUCCAUAAGUUUGCCAAUGCUUAUCUUCACAUGAGGAGGUUGGCAUUUAACAGUACAAAGAAUUGUAGUUCUACUGUACUAGGGCCUGGUACCCAAGGGCCUGCUCUGGAAGUAAGACAAUCCCAUGAUUCCUCUGAGGCAUCUGAUGGCCAGAGUUGUCAAGACAAGAGCUUCAGUUUUUCCCCUGCUUUUGACAUGACCUAUCUCUGCUUAACAGCAGGUUUACAUGUGACCUUACAUUGCCUCUUAGCCUACUUUUAUUUGUAGCGUUCAUUCAAAAAUAUAGUUUUGCAUUCUGUUUACAAAAACUGCAACAAUUAAUGUUUGGGAGGAGGAAGAUUUUUGGGGGAGGGAACUAGAACUCAAGGGGUAUUCAUAUUGCCAACACGAGAAAUUCUAGGGAUUCAAGCUCUGUGGAAAGGAAUCACAAGUUGUUACACUUACCGGACUGCAAACUUGGCAACGUGCAAGCUUCCAGAACCCCAAAGGGAAAAGAGAUUUUCUUUUUCCAUCUGUGUUUAGCAUAGGAUUAAAUUCUGAGAUGUUCAUUUACUUCAUGUAAGUGCCCUAACCCCAGCUACCAUCUUGGUGCAAACCUACUAGUCCUUGCAACACAUUAAUUCUGAUAUGGGUCAGUGUAGGCAGAGAGAAAGGCAAGAUUUACAUUGUAAUAGCACUUGAUUUCAUAGUGAUUGAUGACCCAGCUAUGUACAGCCCUCUCUCUCCCUUCCCACCCCUUUAUGUUUUCUGUCUUCUGUUUACAUCUCAUACACUUUUCUGUGCAGACAUUUAGGCCAUACUCACCACCAUGGUAUUUGAAAUAUCUCUUGUGUUUAAAACUUGGUUCAUGUUUACAUUUUCUUUUGGAUUGAAGCAUAACUUAAUGCUUCACGUAAAACAGGGGCAUAUCAGCUGUUGGCAUAAUUUCACAACUGAACCAUGAAACAUUACAAUGGCCAUUUACAGCUAAAUGCAAGCUCACUCAGAACUGCAUUAGAUUUAUGUUCAUCCUCUAAUACACCCACCUCUCUUGUGCUCUGAUGUGCUAAGAGUUAUGAACAGUGUUGAAUGCUUGCAGUGCUAUAAUUAUGUAUUUAUGAAUACAAGUUCUCAUAAAACUUAUGAGCAGUUCCUACCUUUCUUUGCUGUACAGAAUUAAAAGCCUGGAUUUAGUAUGGAUCACUGCUCUCUCCUGCUCUGAAUGGAAAUCAAGGAUGGGGUGGGGGAUGCUUACUGUUGCAUGAUAACCCCACAAUUCUUUCAACACAAAAUAUGACCUCAGCUGAAGGUCCGGUGAUUGCUGGUACACCUUGAGUGGGCCAGUUCAGAUGCUGGGAGCAAUCUAGCAACAGUAUCACAGAACUCUGCAUGGACUAGUUUUCUUAUAGCCCCAUGGAUCUGGACACCGAACCCUGGGGUACUUGAAAUCAAGGUCCUACUUGCACAACUCAAACUUAACUUCACUAAAUAUUGCUGAUGGAAGUGCCUUUCAACAGCCUUCAUGCAGAACCACAGGAGCUGUGUACUUUUGAAAGUUUGCCCAUACAUGUAUUUUGUAUUCUCAUCAGAGUAAAUGCCUUAUUUUCAUCCAUUAAUUUGCCAAGUGCUGACAACAGGCUUAUCAGUUUGCUCCCAGACUGAAGCAACUGCAGAAACAGCUUAAGUAAGGAACUGCAGCACUGUAAAGAAGGUCUAAAACAGAGCUCAGCCCAGGCCAGGCUUUCAACCUGGCAUCAGCUCAAUUUAUGUGGGCAUAGGCCCUGCAUGAUAUCUUCCUCAUUAUGGUGCCCCGGGGAAAGAAGCUGCCAAGUGCCAAAGACAGCUGCAGAGAAGCAGCUAAAACAGGCACCAGUCUGAAGAAGUAUAUCAGUUUUCUGAAGUUCUAACUAGACAUCCUCACCUCAGCUGAAUGGCUCUGCUUCAUCCUGUGACCUGAACCCAUCCUCUGCUUCAGUUAUCUCAACUUUUUUCUAUGUAUUCUCUGUGCCCCGCUACUUCCUUUCCUUUAUUGGUCAGCUGAUUCUCCCUCACGUACCCAUACAAGGUUCCUUCUCCCUAUCUUGUUUUCAACAUUUAGCUAAUUUCACUUCCUGAGGUUGGAAGUUACUUGCCAAGUUGCUUUUCCUCUUUCUGGGACCAGUAAAAGGAUUGGUACAUAAACUGUGUGAAGAGACCAUGACUUAGGACAUUGCCUACCCUUUGGGAGCAGCAGGAGAAGCAGCAGUAGCAACAGCAGGGCAAGCCAGGAAGUACCCCAUUCCCAAGUGAUUACUAGGACUAGCACUCACAAAGCUGAGUAGCUAAAGGGCCUUCAGAGCUUGCUCCCAAAAGUAGCAGUGCACAAGUCUGUACUUGUACGCCACCAAAUCCCAGGGAUAAAACAAUGUGGCCGCCUUAGAGUGACCCCUGAGUAAUGCCCCAGGGAGCAUAAGCACAGCAUUAACAUGGCUAUGUUGCUUCACAUCUGGGAUUUGGUGCAUAUAGAGAAGUGUCAGACUUGGCAGGGGUGGUGUAGACAUGACCCAGUCCAGGGUUGGCCAACCCGCUGUCUAUGCCACUUGUGUCUCCUGUGUGGCAUGCAGCAGAUCUGGGAGGGGAAAGCUAGCACAGUGACACAGCAGGAUGCAGAAAGCAGAGCAGCAGCUUGGUCAGGGAGUACAGAACAUGCAGCAGACAGCUAAGCAGCAGAUCAUGUAAGGGGAAGGGAUCAGAGUAGCACUGGUGGAGGGUGGAGGGCUAAUUUGUGGCACACUUGCCAAAAAGGUUGGCCCUUACUGCACAAGAAACUUGUACCACAACCCUGAACAGAUAUAGAGUUUACCAUAAGAGCCUGAACCACCAGUGUAACCUACUUUACUCAUGGUUCUUAGGCAAGAAAAUCCCCACCAUUCCUUUCUGUGCACUGGGCUUUCCUCUUUCCUUUUAUAUGAAAAAAGUGAGGACACUCCCCUCCCCCCCCAAGCCUCUAAGGCCAGAUCCAGACAUUCAGGCACAUGUGGUUUAUGGUGCCACAAACUACAUGUGUAGCACAUUAAACAUGCGCAGCACUGCUAAUUUGCAACACUGGUGCAAAGUUUUCUACCAGGAUUUCCUGGUAGCAAAAAAAGAAAAUUAAAAAAAACCCCUGAAAGAAAAAAAGCGGUGCAAAACAGGCCAAAGUGCUGUGUGCCGGGACGAAUGUGGGGAAAGGGGAGCAGGCAGCUCUGAGCUACCUGCUCCCCUGUCUCCAUUUACUCUGGAGUCCCCACACUGAGGCACCCCGCACCCCGGGCCAUCUGCUUUCCAGCUGGCUGGGGCACAGCAUGCCUCGAGACAGGGGAGUAGGCAGUCCUGGACUGGCUGCGUACCUCAGCACGGGGGCUCUGCUAUGGAGCCUCUGCUCCGAAGUAUGUGGAGUCCCCAUCUGAAGGCACACUGCAUCCCAACCAGUCAUGGAGUUGGCCUGCUCCCCUGGCUCCAAGUGCCAUACCCCAUCAGGCUCAGGGUGCCUCAGCAUGGCUACAGGGUGCCUCAGUGUGGGAGCUGCCUGCCAACUAGCCCUGCACUGAGGCACCAUAUGCCCCACCUAUCCCACCCAGCAGCACACGGAGCAGUGAGAUAACACGUCCCGCUGCAAAGCGUAUGGGCAGGGGUGUGCACUGUAGUACAAAGUAGCGGCACAGAUAUGCACCACUACUAUUUGUACUGCUGCAGAUGCACACCCCUGCUCAUGUGGAUACAACCUAAGUGGCUUAGAGCAGAGAGGGCUCAAUUUGAGCUGGAGUAAACUAAUUCUGAUAUCACCAUCUAUAUGUGACGGGCUAGCUGGUAGUGACUUAGCCCAGGGGUUUUGAAGGGGUAAAAGAUGAUUGGAGGACUUGGGAUUCCCUUUCCUCACCAAUCAGGCCCCAGAGAGUCACCCUCCGUGUCCCCUGAUUGGCCCUUGGGUCACUUGGAGGGGGAUAAAAGGGGCAGUGCAGCUGACUCAGGAGAGACCAGUAAGGGACCACAAGGAAGGAGUCUCAGAGAGCUGGCAAGAGCUGGGCCAGCAGGGUGGGAGCAGUUGUCCCAGAAGCACCUGAAGGAGUGGGGCCUGCAGGCAGCAGUUGGACCCUCAGCAGCGCGGCGUGCGGCCAGCAGGAGAGGCUCCCCGCUGGGCUUCAGGGUCCCCUACAACAGAGUGCAGCCAAUAGGAGAGGCUCCCUAGCUCCAGCAAGGAUCUGAGCAGCGACCUGAGAGGUUCCCAGCUCUGCUUCCAGCUCCUCCAAUAAGAGGCCAGGCAGCUUGAAGUGAGGCCGGGGCUCCGGGAAGGUCAAGACCCCUAGCUGUUUAGCACAGUGCUAGAAAUGGUGGUUGUGUGGUAGUUUCUGGUGGUGCUGGUUUUUGUGGUAGUUUCUGGUGUGCUGGUUUCUGUCUACCAUGUGGGAGACCUGAGUUCAAAUCCCAGCUGGGGUGACUUGGGAUGAGUGAAGUAAUAGGGAGAAACUCUUGUUGCAGUGGAAAAAGGUCAUUGUGUUUUCUUCCUUUCUCCCCCUCCAGGUACCUAGGCCCUAUAUUCCUUGUCAUUUCACAUUUUGUAUUUUGUGCCUUUUAUAUUUCACCAACCAGUAUUGAUUGUUUUAUAUUUUGUUAACCCUGUCUUUUGUCAACUGCAUGAAUAUGUCUAUAAUUGUAAGUGUCUAACCUUUGUUGAAUCCUGCCCCCUCGGGGCAUUGUAGUGUCCCCUAUACCUUCUGUUAUGUUCCCAGUACUGUUCUGUCAUUAAAAAGUAUAUGGUUAAGUCCC